CUCCUUUGUUCGCCCUCAUUGCGCAGUUGCCGCCGGUCCGCGCUGGUGCUGGAGGCACCGAAAGGCGCCACCCGACCGUGUGCAGCUGAUCGUGGACAAAGGACAAUGAGCUGGCGAUUCCUUGAGGACAGGGAGCCCAGGGCCUUUUACGGCCGAGCGAGCUCUGGUUACAACACCGUCAAAAUGGUUGAAGCAGACCGACCGGGGAAGCUAUUCAUUGGUGGGCUCAAUACAGAGACUAAUGAGAAAGCUCUUGAGGCUGUUUUUGGCAAAUACGGCCGCAUUGUGGAAGUUCUCUUGAUGAAAGAUCGGGAAACCAACAAAUCCAGAGGAUUUGCUUUCGUCACCUUUGAGAGCCCAGCAGAUGCCAAGGAUGCUGCCAGAGACAUGAAUGGAAAGUCUUUAGAUGGAAAAGCAAUUAAGGUGGAACAAGCCACCAAACCAUCAUUUGAAAGUGGUGGUAGACGUGGGCCACCACCUCCUCCAAGAAGCAGAGGCCCGCCAAGAGGCCUUAGAGGUGGAAGAGGAGGAAGUGGAGGAGCAAGGGGGCCACCUUCACGUGGAGGGCAUAUGGAUGAUAGUGGAUACUCCCUUAAUUUCAACAUGGGUUCUUCCAGAGGCCCACUACCGGUAAAAAGAGGCCCACCACCACGAAGUGGGGGUCCGCCUCCUAAGAGAUCUGCUCCAUCAGGACCGGUUCGCAGCAGCAGUGGAAUGGGAGGACGAGCUCCUGUGUCGCGUGGAAGAGAUAACUACGGAGGGCCACCACGGAGGGAACCGAUGCCAUCCCGCAGAGAUGUCUACAUGUCACCUAGAGAUGAUGGCUACAGCACUAAAGACAGUUACUCCAGCAGGGACUAUCCGAGUUCCCGUGACACCAGAGAUUAUGCCCCACCCCCAAGAGACUACGCCUAUCGUGAUUAUGGCCAUUCCAGUUCCCGUGAUGAGUACCCAUCUAGAGGAUAUAGUGAUCGAGAUGGCUAUGGUGGUGGGCGUGAUCGAGAUUAUUCAGACCAUCCAAGUGGAGGUUCCUACCGCGAUUCCUACGAGAGUUAUGGUAACUCACGUAGUGCUCCACCUGCUCGAGGGCCCCCGCCAUCUUAUGGUGGAAGCAGUCGCUAUGACGACUACAGCAGCACACGAGACGGCUAUGGUGGAAGUCGAGAAAGUUACUCAAGCAGCCGAAGCGAUAUCUACUCAAGUGGUCGCGACCGGGUUGGCAGACAAGACAGAGGGCUUCCCCCUUCUAUGGACAGGGGGUACCCUCCUCCACGAGAUUCCUACAGCAGUUCAAGCCGCGGGGCACCCAGAGGGGGUGGCCGUGGAGGAAGCCGAUCUGAUAGAGGAGGAGGAAGAAGCAGAUACUAAAACAAACAAAAAAAAAAAACAAAAAAAAAAAAACUCAAAUCUCAAACUUUUGGACCAAAAUCCCUUUUCCAAGAAGCAAAAGUGAAAAGCGGAACUUGUCCUAUCUUUCCUACAAGAGGACUGCGAUAAGGAAACGUUGUUUUUACCUUUUUUUAUUGUUGCCUGUUAAGUUCUCCUCCAUGAUUUUUAUGCUCUUGUGA